CCAUCCGCUCUCCCUCACCCUCCCUAAAACCCUAGCCUCCCAAACCCCUCAGCCGCCGCCGCCGGCGAAGUCCGCGGCGAGAGAUGGCGCUCCACCUGCUCUUCGAGUCGGCGUCCGGGUACGCGCUCUUCCACGCCCACGGCAUCGACGAGAUAGGGCAGAGCGUGGACGCCGUCCGCUCCUCCGUGCUGGACAUCAAGCGCUUCAGCAAGGCCGUCAAGCUCGUCGGCUUCACCCCCUUCGCCUCCGCCGUCGACGCGCUCAACCAGUGCAACGCCAUAUCCGAAGGGAUCAUGACGGACGAGCUGAGGAACUUCCUGGAGCUCAACCUGCCCAAGGUGAAGGAGGGGAAGAAGGCCAAGUUCAGCGUCGGCGUCGUGGAGCCCAAGGUCGGGUCCCACAUCACCGAGGCCACCGGGAUCCCCUGCCAGUCCAACGAGUACGUGCAGGAACUGCUCCGCGCCGUGCGUCUGCAUUUUGAUCAGUUCAUUGACCAACUCAAGCCCGCUGAUCUAGAGAAGGCUCAGCUUGGCCUGGGGCAUAGCUACAGCAGAGCAAAGGUUAAGUUCAAUGUGAAUCGUGUGGAUAACAUGGUGAUUCAAGCGAUCUUUCUGUUGGAUACACUUGAUAAGGAUGUCAAUUCCUUCUCCAUGAGAGUGAGGGAGUGGUAUGGAUGGCAUUUUCCUGAGCUGGUCAAAAUCGUGAAUGACAACUACCUUUAUGCAAAGCUUGCCAAGUUCGUGGUAAACAAAUCUGAUUUGUCAGAAAAGGACAUUCCAGCUUUAGCAGAUCUAAUUGGCGACGAGGACAAGGCAAAAGAAAUUGUUGAAGCAGCAAAGGCAUCUAUGGGCCAGGAUCUGUCGCCAGUUGAUUUGAUCAAUGUCCAACAGUUUGCUCAAAGGGUCAUGAAUCUGUCUGAGUACCGGAAAAAUCUCUAUGAGUAUCUGGUAACAAAGAUGAAUGAUAUUGCACCGAAUUUGACAUCAUUGAUUGGUGAAAUGGUUGGUGCUCGGCUAAUCUCUCAUGCCGGCAGUCUUUCAAAUCUUGCAAAAUGCCCUGCCUCCACUCUCCAGAUACUUGGUGCUGAAAAGGCUCUUUUCAGGGCUCUUAAAACACGUGGAAACACACCAAAGUAUGGCCUCAUAUUCCAUUCAUCUUUUAUUGGCCGUGCAUCAACUAAGAACAAGGGAAGAAUGGCUCGAUACCUGGCGAACAAAUGUUCCAUUGCCUCUCGCAUUGACUGCUAUUCUGAUUUGAGCAGCUCCAUUUUUGGCCAGAAGCUGCGCGAACAAGUUGAGGAGAGACUAGACUUUUAUGACAAGGGUGUUGCACCACGUAAGAACCUUGAUGUGAUGAAAGCUGCUAUUGAGGGCAUGACAAGCGCAGUCUCAGAGAAUGGUGACGACAAAGAGAAUGGUGAUGCCUCUGUUAAGAAAAGCAAGAAAAAGAAGUCUAAAACUGAGGCAAUGGAUGUUGACAAUGGCGCUGCAGAAGCUGAACCUGAAACAGAGAAGAAGAAGAAGAAAAAGAAGCACAAGCUGGAGGAUGUAGAGAUGGCAGAACAAGAAGAGACCCCCAAGAAGAAAAAGAAGAACCGGGAUGUUUCUGAGGAUGCUGAGCCUAAGACUGGUGGCACUGAAGGGAAGAAGAAAAAGAAGAAGAAAUCCAAAACUGAUGAGGACGAGUAGUAAUAGUAGUUUAGCGCCUAUUACCGAGUUUAUAAUGAAGGUUCAAAUUUUUGUAUGGCAAUGGAUCCAACUGGCCUCGAACAAUGUAAUUUGUACUCUUUGAGCCCUUCACGAGGUUAGGUUUGUAAUGUAGCGUGGCAUGGAAGAUGCCAAGCUGUUGCAGUAGUUCAGUAGUCUUUGGGUAUUCGGUCUUGCUUUUUUGUGUUUGAAGCUGCUGCUGCAUGUUGUAGAAUUGCUCAACGUACAUGCACGAAAAUUGGAUGGCUUUGUUGGUUAGUCCAGUCACCAAAUGACCACA